AACGUUGCUCGCGAUGAAGUAGGAAAGACAAGUUCUGUGUCGGCGGUGAUGGUCGUACUUUGAUUAUGGUUAAUAGGCACGGCAGCCAACUCCAUCUCGUCCGUCGUCUUGCGUUCUUCGCUGCUGGCGGGCGCGGUGCUUUCACAAUCCCAAUCCCAAUCGUAGCCACACCCCUACCAUCAUCAUCCAUCGCCAGCAGAGGUGUCCAUAACGUUUUUCACACCAGCAAGUCAGAAGAAUCCCCCACGUAGCCACUCGAGCAAGGCAUCCAGGCAAAAAGAGCUACACGCAGAUCCCAUCCUUGAUAAGUUUCUCCCUCUGCAGUCGUCGUGGGACGGAGGAGAAAGGGGAUACAAGAAGCGCUACCUCGACCACGCUCAGGAUUGGGAGCCCCGCAUUCGUUCUUCAUCAAUCGCCCAUCACCUCACAUACCCUUUGCCCUGCUUCCAUCAACUGCAAUUGCAAUCAUGACCUCAAGAGUAGCCAAUUUCCUUCAGGUCCGUGACGCGCCCGGCCCGGAAGUCUCGACGUCGACCGCCUUGCUCACCAAUCCCGAUCUCGCGCCCGUGCAACCUGAGAGACGAAAAUGGAAAGCGCAUUCGUUUUUCUUUUUCUGGUUCAGUGACGGGUGCAACAUCAACACUUGGCAGAUCGCUGCCACCUCGAUCAUCGCCGGCCUCUCGUGGUGGCAGGCCUGGCUCGCGGUCAUCGUCGGAUACGGCCUUGUGGCUGCAUUUGUCGUCAUGAACUCGCGUGCCGCUUCCGUUUAUCACGUUGGCUUCCCCGUCAUUUCCCGCUCCAGCUUCGGACUUUGGGGCUCUUUCUGGCCCGUCCUGCAGCGUGCUGUAAUGGCAUGCAUCUGGCAAGGCGUACAAGCGUACAUCGGUGGCCAAUGUGUCGCGUUGUGCAUACGCUCCAUCUGGCCAUCCUACGCCAACCUGCCCAACCACAUUUCACAGUCUAGCACCACCUCCCAAGGAGUCCUCUCCUUUGCUAUCUUCAACAUUAUCAACUUUGCAGCCCUGUGGCCAGACCCGCAGCAGAUCCGCCAUCUGUUCACCGUCAAGGCUAUUGUAGCACCCAUUGCCGUCCUUGCUUUCCUCAUUUGGACGCUGGUCGAAGCCAAGGGCGCCGGACAGGUGCUCACAGCUCCCUCCAAGCUUCACGGCUCGAACCUCGCCUGGACCUGGAUCGCGGCCGCCAUGAGCUGCGUCUCGAAUAUGGCGACGCUGACCGUCAAUAUCCCUGACUUUGCGCGUAUGGCCGACAAGCAGAGCUCGACAUUCCUUCCGCAGCUCAUGGGCAUUCCAUUUACCUUUGGGAUCACCUCACUUGUCGGAAUUAUCAUCUCUUCUGCUAGCGAAGUCAUUUACGGUGAAGUGCAGUGGAGCCCCCUCGCUGUGCUCAAGCUCAAGCUCGAUGCGGAUCCGUACAACAGCCAGAAUCGUGCGGGCGUCUUCUUCAUCGCCGCCGCGUUUGUCGUCAUGCAGCUCGGAACGAACAUUGCCGCCAAUAGCUUGAGCGCCGGAAGUGACUUGACUGCUUUGCUUCCGCGGUAUAUCAACAUCCGCCGUGGGAGCAUCAUCGCUUGGGCCAUCGGCUUUAGCUAUUGCCCUUGGAUCAUCCUCAGCUCUUCAUCAAACUUUGCCACCUACCUCUCCUCGUUCUCUGUGUUCCUCAGCUCGAUCGCGGCGGUCAUGGUGGCAGACUACUGGGUGAUCAGGCGCGGACGGCUUGAUGUCACGUCCCUCUACACGGCUGAACUCGACGGCAAGCACUCUCUAUACUAUUAUACGGCGGGUAUCAACUGGCGAGCCUAUGCCGCUUACCUCAUCGGCCUCAGCGCCAACAUGGCAGGUUUCGUCGGUGUUGUUCGCGGAAAGUUCAUCUCGACUGCUUCGCAGCAUAUGUACACACUCGCCUUUAUCGCCGGUUUCAGCAUCUCUUUUGUCUGCUACAUCGUCAUUAAUUACUUCUUCCCGGUCGAGGACGCCGUCCCAAUCACGCAAAAGGGCUGGUACGAGCCCGUGCCGUGCUGGGAGUCGGACGACUGGAGCACCCCAAUUUACGCCAUACGCAACGCGGAGCGUUCGGCGCAGAGCAGCAUCACCCACGAGAAGGCGGCCGAAAAGGACAAGUCCAACCAGGCCGUCCCUGCAGUGACAGAUCUGCAAUACUGAUUCGGGAACGAUCACCACCGCACGCGAGCUAGAUAUCAAAUACCCGACACGAAGACACAUCAGUGCGAUCAAUAGAAUGUACAUUGUUGUACUCGUAUUAAAUCACCCAUAUGGCUUAUUGGAACACUCC